GGAAAUCCAGACACCUCAACCCCUCAAAACCAGACCACUCCCACUUGGCCUUUGCUAAUACAGAUCUGUACACAUAUAAAGCUGGAGGACACAUCUGCUGCUACCACUCUCAUCAAAACUACAACACCUCACAUCAUGGCGUCCGCGCAAGGCGGUAUCUCAGACCCUGGUCUCAUCACGUCGGUUUCCCCUCAACCACCAUUUGUGUUGCGCAUGUGCUAAUAAGGUCUGCAGACUGGUGAACAAGCUCCAGGAUGUAUUUACUACAGUCGGUGUGCAAAACCCUAUCGAUCUGCCUCAAAUCGUAGUGGUGGGAAGUCAGUCGAGUGGAAAGAGUUCCGUGCUUGAGAAUAUAGUAGGAAGAGACUUGUGCGACGGCCACCUCAUCGAGAUGGGGUUUGAGCUGACUUGUAAAUCAUAGUUUACCUCGAGGAACGGGCAUCGUAACGAGACGGCCGCUCGUUCUCCAACUGAUCAAUCGACAACCAGCCUCAGAAAAGCCAAAUGGCGUUGCGAAGGAUAUGACGACAGGAGGCGAUAAGGAAGCAAACGUUGAUGAAUGGGGAGAGUUUUUGCAUAUACCAGGCCAGAAGUUUCACGACUUUCACAAGAUUCGAGAAGAGAUUGAGAAGGAAACCGAGGCAAAGACGGGGCGAAAUGCCGGAAUCUCUCCAGCACCUAUCAAUCUACGAAUAUACUCUCCAAACGUCCUCACACUUACCCUCGUCGAUUUGCCCGGUUUGACAAAGGUUCCAGUCGGAGAUCAACCCAGAGAUAUUGAGAGGCAGAUUAAGGAAAUGGUGUUGAAGCAGAUUAGCAAGUCAAAUGCCAUCAUAUUGGCGGUGACAGGUGCAAACACCGAUUUGGCGAAUUCCGAUGGAUUAAAACUCGCACGCGAAGUCGAUCCAGAAGGUCAACGAACGAUCGGUGUUCUUACCAAAGUUGAUUUGAUGGACGACGGAACCGAUGUAGUGGAUAUUUUGGCAGGUCGUAUCAUUCCCCUUCGAUUAGGGUAUGUGCCAGUCGUCAACCGAGGACAGAGAGAUAUCGACAACAAGAAGGCGAUCACAGCAGCGUUGGAAAACGAGAAGAACUUUUUCGAAAACCACAAGGCAUAUCGAAACAAGAGUUCCUACUGCGGAACCCCAUAUCUGGCGAGAAAGCUGAAUCUCAUCUUGAUGAUGCAUAUUAAGCAGACCCUUCCAGAUAUCAAGGCUCGCAUUUCUGCAUCUUUGUCCAAAUAUACGCAGGAGCUGGCCGGUCUCGGAGAUUCUAUGCUUGGAAAUAGCGCAAAUAUUGUGCUCAACAUCAUUACGGAAUUCACAAAUGAAUGGAGAACAGUACUAGAGGGAAGCAACACGGAACUAUCAAGUGUGGAGCUUUCUGGCGGUGCUAGAAUCAGUUUUGUCUUCCACGAACUGUAUUCUAAUGGUGUCAAGGCGGUUGAUCCCUUUGAUCAAGUCAAAGAUGUCGAUAUUAGAACAAUCUUGUACAACUCUUCUGGAUCUUCGCCUGCUCUUUUCGUUGGAACUACAGCAUUCGAGCUCAUCGUAAAGCAACAGAUUAAGCGCUUGGAAGACCCAAGUCUGAAAUGUGUUUCAUUGGUAUAUGAUGAACUAGUUCGUAUCCUCACUCAGCUUCUCGGAAAGCAAUUUUUCCGACGCUACCCCGGUUUGAAGGAGAAGUUCCAUGCCGUUGUUAUAGCUUUCUUCAAAAAGGCUAUGGACCCAGCCAACAAGCUGGUCAGAGAUUUGGUAGCCAUGGAAGCAUGCUACAUCAACACUGGCCAUCCAGAUUUCUUGAACGGCCACAGAGCCAUGGCCAUUGUCAACGAGAAACAUAACCCAAAGCCAGUUCAAGUCGAUCCUAAAACCGGAAAAGUUCUCCCAUCUUCCACCCCAGCCCGAGCAUCAAGCCCAGUACUGGAUGUUAUGCAGGAUCAAAAUGGUGGAUUCUUUGGAAGUUUCUUCGCUGGUAGAAACAAGAAAAAGAUGGCAGCCAUGGACGCUCCACCACCUACUUUGAAGGCAUCUGGGACUCUCUCUGAAAGGGAAGGUGUCGAGGUUGAAGUUAUCAGUAUGUUUUCCUACUUCGCGCUUGAGAGACUAUGCUAACCUGCUUCAGAACUUCUCAUCAACUCAUACUUUAGCAUUGUCAAGAAGACUUUGAUCGAUAUGGUUCCAAAGGCAAUUAUGCUCAACCUCGUCCAGUAAGUCAGCCCAGGUUUCAAACAGUCUCCACACCAGCUGACCAAGACACAGAUUUACAAAAGAUGAGAUGCAGAAGGAACUUCUCGAAAACAUGUACCGAACCGAUUCGCUGGAAGAGCUGCUGAAAGAAAGUGACUACACCAUCCGCCGAAGAAAGGAGUGCCAACAAAUGGUCGAAUCAUUGUCACGUGCAAACGAAAUCGUCAGUCAAGUGCAAUAAAGUGAAGAGUAUCCUUAUUUACCUCGAUACUUAAUAAUCGACAUGUAUGGAAGGGGUCGGAAAUAGAAAAUCCGAACACACGAAAGAAAGGCAUUGCCAAGGGGAUUUCUUUGGCAGUUCAUUCAUCUCUGCUGUCAUCUUAGACUCAGAUUCUUCCCUCUUCUUUUACGAGCAUCAUAUUUUGACACGACAUGAAAUACGAUAAAUACCUCUUUUCUUUCCCUGGUGGAACUGUAAUUGUGAUGUUGACGGACAGUCAGCGAGGAAAGAUUUGGGGGGAGGCGAGGCUGGUGAGACCUUUUUCGAAAUGUGGGCAUGAAUGGUUUGCUGGAAGGCGGGCUGCUAUUCGAUCGGCUUAGUGAGUUGAUCGCAUGAAAACACAUACACAGACGAAUCUUGGUUUGUUUGGGGGAUACGGCAUAAUGCGAAGAGA